AUGGCAUCCGCAUUGAAGCCUCCGUCAGCCGACACGCUCAAGUCGUACCCAUUUGGCAAGAUUGAGCCAAACUCGACGAAAUACUUCGCAUCCUGCAUGCUGGGAGGGGUCAUAGCGUGCGGCCCAACCCACACGCUCGUGACCCCUCUCGACCUGGUCAAGACCCGACGACAGGUCGACAGCAAGCUGUACACGUCCAACUUCAAGGCCUGGCGCAGCAUCUUCGCGUCCGAGGGCCUCCGCGGGGUCUUCUUCGGCUGGUCCCCCACGUUCGUCGGCUACUCCUUCCAGGGCCUGGGCAAGUACGGCUUCUACGAGAUCUUCAAGCACGAGUACGGCGACAACCUCUUCCCCCACGCGAACCGGACGCUCGUCUACCUGGGCGCCUCCGCGUCGGCCGAGUUCAUCGCCGACAUCUUCCUGUGCCCCUUCGAGGCGAUCAAGGUCCGCAUGCAGACCACCCUCCCCCCGUACGCCCAGAACCUGCGCGAGGGGUGGAGCAAGGUGGUGAGCAAGGAGGGCAUGGCCGGGCUGUACAAGGGCAUCACGCCCCUCUGGGGCCGGCAGAUCCCCUACACCAUGUGCAAGUUCGCCACGUUCGAAGAGACGGUGCGCUACAUCUACAAGACGCUCGGCAGGCCCAAGGAGAGUUACAACAAACUGCAGCAGACGGGCGUGAGCUUCUUGGGUGGGUACAUUGCCGGGAUCGCGUGCGCCGUCGUCAGUCACCCCGCCGACGUCAUGGUGAGUAAAUUGAACUCGGAACGAAAAGCCGGUGAAUCUGCAGGAAAAGCCAUGGGCAGGAUCUACGGAAACAUUGGGUUCACUGGUUUGUGGAAUGGUCUACCGGUCAGAAUCGUCAUGAUAGGAACAUUGACGGCGUUCCAAUGGCUCAUCUACGACUCAUUCAAGGUCUACCUGGGUCUACCGACGACUGGUGGUCACUAG